AUGGAUAUUGAAGAAGCAGAUAGAAGAUCAAUUAUUGAUUUCGUAGAAUAAAAACUAAAUAUUAAAGAAGAAAAUCCUUUAAUACAAACAAAGAAAAUCAUCGAUAAAGGAUAUACCUCUACAACAAAAAAGAGUCUCCUAAGAUUUGUAUAUAUUAUAGUUGAUACAACCUAAUCUUCUACAAGAGUAGAUUUCAAGCCUUCGAGAAUAGGACUAACGUAAAUCUACUUAAAGAACUUCAUAAAAAACUUUUUUGAUUCUAAUCCUUUGAGUGUAUUAUCUAUUGGUAAAACAUAAAAUGGCUAGUGUAUAACUCUUUAAGAAUUUACAUCUAGUAUAUCUCUUUUAGAUAAAACAAUCGAAAAACUUGUAGUUGAUGAAAAGGAGGAUUUUUCUCUUUUUGAAUGUUUAAAUGAAACUUUUAAUAUUUUUGCUGAAGCACCUCCAUAUGCUUUCAGAGAAGUAGUUCUAAUUUAGUCAACACCUUCAACAAAAGAUAAAGGUGAUAUAAAUGAAUAAAUAAAUAAAGCCAAAUAAUGCAAAAUAACUUUUAAUAUUAUAUCACUUAAUGCAAAAACAUUCAUAUUUUAGAAAUUGACAAAAGAGACAUAAGGUAAAUAUGACACAGCUUUACAUGAAAAAGAUUAUGAAAAUUUACUUAACAGCUAUUGUGAACCUCCAUAAUAAAUAUUAAAUAAAACUGAAAAAACUCUUAUACAAGUUGGUUUCCCUAAUAAAAAAUAUUCUAAAAUUUCUGUAUUAUGUGCUUGCCAUAUGGAGUUAAAAACUAACUUUUACAUUUGCCCUUAAUGCAAAAGUAAAAACUGUGAAGUUCCUUCAAAAUGUUCAGGAUGCCAAUUAAAUUUAAUUCUUCCUUUGCAUAUCACAAAGAGCUAUCAUUUUAGUUAAAAUUUAAAAGAAUUCGAAUUGUUAGGACAAGAAAAAUCUAAUAAUAGUAUGGAAACCGAGUAAGAUAAAACAUAAAAUAUCCUUUGUAAUGGAUGCUCUGAAGAUAUUAAAGAAGAUUACUUCUCAAAAUGUUAAAAUUGUAAAUCAAUAUUCUGCUUGGAAUGUGAUAUUUUAAUACACAAGCAAAAGCUAAAUUGUCCUAAAUGUUGA